GCCGUAAAAGAGCCAAAAUUUUAGCCGAUAACCGUAAAAGCCAGCACCCCAUUGAGACCCUCUUACAGUGUGACUUCCUUCGUUUCGUAUGUUAGGUUUUAAUUUUUAAUUUGUACCCUUUGGCUUGGUUAUUUAUUCUCGUGAGUUCUGCGCCUGUUGUAGUGUGGUUCAGUAGCAGCUUGUUUCAGUCACACUCGUCUUUUACCGCUUUGCUUGCUUUGCUCCGUGUCACCUUGUUUUGCAUCAAUUUAUUUGGUUUUGUAAAGUCGAUGGAAUGAAUCAGGCGCGUAAGGACGUAUGCAAUCACGAUAAACGACCCCUCAACAGGGUCAGCACUCGAACAACACUGAACAUUGAACUGCCUUGACACAAAAAUCUAAAAGAAAGGGAAAUUAUUGAGGUUUCGUCAGAUAGAUGCAGUUUCCUUUGCGUAGUACUGGAUACAAAGCCUCGCCGAGUUGGCAAAGAGUCGUCAAAAACCUUUCCAAAUGAACAGAUAGCAUAACCACGUAUUUCUGUUUGAAUAAUCUGAAAUCAUAAAACGUUAAAAGAAUCUUUACAGUGACAAAUAGAUCAUGACAACAAGACACUUCGUAGGUUAAAGUCCAUGGCGUUAGAAAGUCAAGCUUAUCACAACUUUGAUACUGACGAGGACAACUCUGUAUUAAGAGGAAUUGCAGAUGGGUACAAAAAUGAUGGCGACGAGGAGCUUAGGAAAAAUGAAUUUCAGAGGGCCAUCGACUGCUACACGAAGGGAAUUACAGUGAAGUGUAAAGAUGACUGCCUUAAUGUCCAACUUUACGCAAAAAGAGCACAUGUCCACUUGUUGAUAGGCAAUGAUGGCGAUGCUUUGGAGGAUAUCGAAUCAGCAAAGAAAUGUGAACCAACUUUUCUGAAGACUAUCCAGAUAGAAAUUGCAGACAGGCAUAACAAGGAUGGCGACGAGGAGCUGAGGAAAAAUGAAUUUCAGAGGGCCAUCGACUGCUACACGAAGGGAAUUACUGUGGAGUGUAAAGAUGACCGCCUUAAUGCCCUGCUUUAUACAAACAGGGCACAUGUCUAUAUUUUGAUAGGCAGUUAUGAUGAUGCUUUGAAGGAUGCCAAAUCAGCGAGAGCAUGUCAGCCAACUUUUCUGAGUGCUAUCGAGAAAGGAGCAUGUGCCUUCUUUGAGCUGAGUAUGUACAGAGAAGCGUUCACGUGGUGUGACGAUGGAUUAGUAAUUAACCAAGAAGACAGGACUUUGCAAGAAAUGAAGGAGAGAUUCCUACACAAACUUUGUGAAAGCGGCACAGACGUAGAACAGGACAAAGCAGUGGCAUUACAAUCCCAGGAAAAUGUUUCAUUUAUGGAUAGAACUAUGCAAGUAGUUUUGGGAAUGCAGACAAUUUGUCGGAAAGGCUAUUCCCAAAUAGUUUCUGGAGAGGAAUACGAAACAAUGUACUCCAAAGUGGAUGGUCUGAUUUACAGCGUAAAAGGGUGGAAAGAGGUUGCUUUUGCCUUCAAGAGCUAUUUUAAUCUAUUCACCAAAGGUGAAGACAUUGAAGAAUAUCAGAUGUCUGGGUUCAGCGUUCCACUUAAUGUUGAUGAUGUCAAGAAAGGGAUAGAAAAUUUCGAACGUGAUUUGAAUGUGGCAAAGAACUGUGGAUCAAAAGAGGAAGAGAGCAGAGCAUGUGAAAAUCUUGGAAAAUGUCAUCAUUUUCUUGGGAAUUUUAAAGAAGCAAUAGGUUACCAUAAGGAACAUUUAAACAUCAGCUUGGUAACUAUGGACCGUGCUGGAGAAGGACGAGCGUACGGGAAUCUUGGUGCUGCAUAUUUUAGCCUCGAUGACUUUGAGCAAGCCGUUCCCUUAUUCAAAUUAAACCAUAGUAUCGCCAAGGAAGUUGGACCACGAGCUAGUGAGGGUCAAGCUAGCUAUAAUCUCGGUAAUAUUUACCUGACCCGAGGCAAUUACGAAGAAGCUAAAAAAUAUUUUGAACAACAUCUUGAGAUCGCAAGAGAAGUCGGAGACAGGGCGGGAGAAGGACGAGCGUGUGGCAAUCUGGGGCUUGUUUGCCGUUGUCAGAAGGAAUUUAAACAGGCCUUAGAGUAUGACGAGCAGUUCUUGUCAAUCGCGAGACAAAUUGGAAAUCAGGCUUGGGAAGGAGACGCUUACAGGAACCUUGGCGAGGCUUACUUCGAACUACUUGACUUGGAACAAGCCAUUAAUUACUACAAGUUACAUUUGACAAUUGUAAAAGAACUGGGUUGUAGAGAAGAGGAAGGGAAAGUGUGCUGUAAUCUUGGCAAUGUUUGCUUUGGUCUAUGCGAUUUUAAACAGGCCUUUGAGUAUCACAAGCUGAGUCUCAAUAUAGCUAAAGAACUUGAGGACAGACCUUCACAGGCACAUGCAUAUGGAAAGCUCAGUGAUGAUUGUUACAAUCUCGGUGAUUAUAAACAGGCUGUUGAAUACGGAAAUCUAAACUUAGCAAUUUCUAAAGAAAUGGGACUUACCACUGAAGAAGCCGCUGCUUAUCAAAGACUUGGCAGGGCCUUCCACGUACUUGGUGAAUUUGAAGAAGCUUUCCUUUCUUACAAACUCUUUCUCGCUGCUUCCGAAAAAAGAGGUAAUUUGAUGGCCCAAGGACGAGCGUACGGCAAUCUAGGAAAUGUGUUUCACAGUAUUGGUCAGUACAAAGAGGCAAUCGAGCAUCAUGACCGACAUCGUACUAUCGCAGAGUCCCUGAAUGAGUUGUUUGAACAAGGAUGCGCAUACAGAAAUAUUGGCGUUUCCCACCAAAGUCUGAGAGAGCCCGAAAAAGCCAUAGAAUAUUUUAAAAAGUGUCUCAGCAUUACCAAGAAAGUCGGGGACAGAAAGUUCGAAGGAAUUGUCUAUGGGAACCUUGGGGAUGCUUAUUUAGAUAUUAAUGACUUUCAACGGGCCAUUCGCUACCAAGAACUGCACCUCAACAUUUCGAAAGAGGUAGGAAACACGAUUGAACAAGGAUAUGCCAACUACUCCCUUGGAUGUGUUUAUGAAAAAAAGGAGAACUUGUCAAAGGCUUUCCAUUGUUUUCAGACUAGCAUUGAACGGUUUAAGUCAUUAGACAUGCUUCUCCAGAAUAAAGACAACUGGAGAAUAAGUUUCCAGGAUAACUGUCAAAUGGCGCAUGUUGCCUUGUGCAGGAUUUUGAUCAAACAAAAAAAGUGGGAGGACGCUCUACUGGUCGCUGAGGAAGGAAGAGCUCAAGUGCUGAUGAAUUUAAUGAAGUCACAUUAUGGAGUUCAUGAAAACGAAACCAUUGAGUUAGUUGAGCGUAAGCAAAAUGUCUUUGAUGUCCAAUCUAAUACGCUCUUUUUAGCACUCGAUGGAAACAAGAUGAAUCGCUGGUUGAUCCUCGAAAACGGGGAUGUUUUCCUGAGUUCUGAAGAAGUAGGAACUGAUAGCCAAACAAGCGCAAAAGAAUUCUUUGAAUCGUUAAAUAAUAGUAUUUAUCUAGAGACCGAGAUUGAAGAAAAUGUUUCCUGUGAGGAUCGCUCACUAAACGUUCUCAGACAAGAAACAGUUGUUCACAGGAAAGCUGGUGAGCACCAUCCCCAACCCGCUCAUUUAAAACACAGCACUUUACGUCGGUUGUAUGAUGCCAUCAUACUUCCUCUUGUAAACCUGAUAGAUGGAGACGAAGUUGUCAUCGUCCCAGAUGGACCACUCUUCUUGACCCCUUUUUGUGCCCUUGCAGAAUCAAGUUCUUGCUACCUGUGUGACAGAUUCAGAGUGAGGCUAGCUCCUUCUUUAUCAAGCUUAAGGGUAAUUCUCAAUAGUAGAGAGGAAUAUCACAACACACAAGGUGAACUUCUUGUUGGAGAUCCGUUCGUAGACGAAGUUGUAUUCCCUAAUGGUAGAAAACUUGAACCGCUCCCUCAUGCUAGAACUGAGGUAGAGAAGAUUGGAGAGAUCCUCAUGACAGACGUCCUCAUCGGAAGAAGAGCGACGAAAGAUGAAGUACUACGAAGAAUGAAAGACGUUGCCCUCAUACAUAUUGCAGCCCAUGGCUCAAUGGAAACGGGAGAAAUUGUGCUGUGUCCAAACCCCAACAGAGCGUGCAGAAUUCCAGAAUAUGAAGACUUCCUGUUAACAAUGUCAGAUGUAUCGAACGUAAAAUUGCGAGCGAGAUUAGUGGUGCUCAGUUGUUGUCACAGUGCCCGAGGGAGGGUUAAGGCAGAAGGCGUGGUCGGCAUCGCUCGAGCCUUUUUGGCUGCUGGUGCUCGUUCUGUUCUUGUGUCACUUUGGGCGAUCAACGAUGAAGCGACUUUGAAGUUUAUGAUGAACUUUUACAACCACCUUUUAGCAGGGAGAAGUGCAAGCAGCUCGCUGACCCAGGCCAUGAAAUGCCUCAGAGAAUCAAGAGAGUUUAAGGAUGAGAAGUUUUGGGCUCCUUUUGAACUGAUUGGUGACGAUGUGACCUUAGAUUUUUGGCAUGGCUGAUGGCUGGUAAAAGAUGAGUGUUUAUCCCAGCGAUGUCGGAUCCUUUCAAAAUUAUCUGAAAUUAUCCCACAGACGAGUGCAACUUGAAAUCAAGUUAAAAAACAAGUAGAAAACAAAACGGAAACGAUGAACACAAUUUACCAUACGUUAAGAUUUGCUUUCUUCAAUCACUAAUUAUUAACAUGUGUUUAAAGCAAAUUUUUAAAAUUUCUUCUAUCUAUCUCUGCAUGGCCAUAAAGCUCAAGGACAAUAGAAUUAGUUAUCCUAAUUGUGACUUGAUUUUGGAACUUUUCAAAAAUAAAGGUACAGUCAAGAAGUAAAUGUGUUUUUUUCUCUGAGCUGAUAAAGAAAGGCUUUCAUAUUCCAAUAAAACGUUUAUUUCCAAUGAUCCAACGGUGCAAUUUUUUAAGGGAAAAAGGAGGACGGAAAGGGAUUUUAGGGGCCCUGUUUAACCAGAAAAACACCUCAUUUUCAACACAAAUCGUUAUUAAUUAACGUAUUGUGCAGCCUUAAUACAGUAAAAACCCGCAUACAAGAACACCCAUUUUCGGGGUUCAGGCUGAUUGGGUUCGUAUUUAUCGGGCAUUUUAGGUGAAAUCAGCCUGAAAGUGUUCUCGAGUGUUCUUAAU